GAUCAUAACCUUGCUUUUCAUGCAAGGAUUUCUUCACCCUUCUCUCCUUCCAAAUCCGUCAUAGCUUUUGGAGAGAGAAAGUCUUAGUGUGAGAAAGUGUCACUCACUCUCUCCAUUCCUUCUUUUCUCUGCUCCCAAACACUGCUCAGAGGCUUUCACAGACUCCAAAACCCAAGAAAUUCAAGUACCCAAGAGAGCCAGAGAGAAAAAGAUCACUUCUUUGGGACCCAGAUCUUCUUCGUCUCCAAAAUCACUGUGAACCCAGAAGUGGAUUCUUCUCCAAUCACUCAGAAAUCAGAAACUCUGAUCUGGGUUUUUCUCCAUCCUCUGUUUCUUGAGCUUCCUCUGUUUUUUUCAAUGUGAUACAGAGAAAAACCCAAUUUCAAAUUUGGGGGUUUCUGUUUGGGUUUUGGGAUCUGGGUUUUUCUAAUGGAGGAGCUGAGAGGUGCAGGGCAUGUGUGCAAGUUCUGUGGUCAGAGUUGCGUGAGCGGCAAGGUCUUGGGAGGUCACAUGAGGUCUCACGCGUUCAAGAAUCCGAUCAAGUCAAGUAGAAAGCACAAGAAAGCCAACAUGGUUUUUCAAGAUGACGGCGACGGCAAUGUGGGUUAUGGCCUGAGAUUAAACCCCAAAAGGUCCUGGAAAUUUUCAGGCAAAGAAGAGGAAGAAGAGAUUGUGUGCAAGGUUUGUGGUAAAGCGUUUGAGAGAAAGAACGCUCUGUUUGGUCACAUGAGGCAUCACUCGGUGAAGCAGAGGAAUGAGGCUCAGUGGUGCAGAGAUUGCGGUAAAGGGUUUGAGUCUUUGAAAGCUUUGAGCGUUCAUAGGAGAGUUCAUGCAAAAAGAUUGAAGGGUUUUGAUGAAACAGAGAGGGGUUUAACCCAGAAGCUUUGCAUUGAGAGUUUGGGGCUGGUGAGGAAGAAAAGAUCUGCAAGAUUCAGGUACAGGAUUGCUUCUCCUAGUUCUUCAUUUUCUGGUUUGAAUUUGAGUGAGUGUAAAUUUGGUAAUGGGUGUGGAGUGGAUGUAGAAGAAGCUGCUUUUUGCUUGAUGAUGAUCUCUAGGGGUUUAGGGAAUUGGGGUCAGAUUAGUUCAGUGGCUGAGUCCUCAAAUAACAACUCGUUUUCUGUUGAGGUUGAGUCACCGAGUCAAAGGAAGCGAGUUAGGGACAAUGAGGGUGGGGUUUUUGCUUGGGAUGGUGAUUCUGGGUCUUUACAGAUCAAAAGGGCCAAGGUGGAGGUGUCAGCUGAUUGUGUUUUGGAUUGUGAGAAUGGCUCUAGUGUGAAGGAAGUGUCUGAGUUUGGUGAAAUUGAUUCUGGGUUUGUAGGUGAUGAGAUGCCUAAAUCUGGGUUUGUGUUAUAUGGUAUUGAAGAAUUGGAUGUGGAAACUAGUGAGGAGGAAGUAGAAGUGGGUUUAUCAGGUUUGGGGUCCAUGAAGUUUGGUUUGAGCAAGAAGGCUGUGCUUAAGGCUUGUGAUUCUGUGAACAAAGGGUUGUAUGCUACUGAAUCUGAAACCUUUGCUGAUUCUGAGAAGAAAAGAGAACACAAGUGCAGGAUAUGCAGAAGGGUUUUCGGCACCCAUCAGGCACUUGGAGGCCACCAGAGAGUUCAUAAGAGAAGUUACAAAAGCUUAGUGCUGAAGAAUGAGGAUGGUGAAGAUAGAACUCAGAUUGGCACACUUUGUGAGACUGAGGAUAAUUGCAAUCCUGCCAAGCUUGAAAGUAGUGAUAACUCAGUGGAGCAGGAGAUGGAAACUGUGACUGUGGGAGGUUCUGAGAGGAAGGGUCACGUGUGUGGUAUCUGCUUGAAGGUUUUUGCAUCAGGCCAAGCUUUGGGUGGUCACAAGAGGUCUCAUUAUGUCAAAGACUCGGAGAUAGCCACAGAUAAGACCAGAGUAAUGAAGCAACAGAUUUCUGAUAUCUGUGAUUCAUUUGAAGUCAGUCACCAAUUGAAACUUCAGGAGGAGAAUGAUGGUGUUGAAUUCAAGCCAUGGUGGGCUGGAACUGAACAAAAGCAUGAGCUGCUGGUGGGUUUGAUCCCCAACUAAGAAGUGACUCCAUGAAUGAAGUUUUUAGUGGUAUUUGCUAGUACAUAACUGGAGGUAAAAGCUUCUCUCCCUGCUGCUUGAGCUUUAAGUGGCAAUCCAAUUUUGUCCUACUUACUGGAUUUGCCUUUUGAUAUGAAGAAAUUCAUAUACCUGCAAAUUUGUAGAUUACUGAUUCAUUUGUGGAGCUCAAGUCCUGUAUUGUGACUAUUUUGUAAUUUUGAUGAACUAUAGUUCACUC